CCGCGCACAAAUUGACUCACACACUCUUCAUCUUCACAUAAAGAAAAAAAGAAAAAAACAAUGGUGGAUCAGAGUCAGACCACGUACGAUCAGCUCUCCGAGAUUUGCGAAGCCUUCAGCUUAAUCGACGUGGAUGGUGAUGGUUUCAUUACCGCGAAAGAGCUCGGAACCGUGAUGCGUUCCCUUGGUCACAACCUGACAAAAGCUGAGCUUCAAGGCAUGCUCAACGAAAUGGAUGCAGAUGGUAGCGGCACCAUCGAUAUCCUUGAGUUCUUAUACGCAUUGAUCGACACAGACUGUAAGGAAAAACUCAAGAAAGCGAUCGGAGUUUUGAGUCAGCUCACUGAAGAUCAGCUUGUCGAGUGUAAGGAAUUCUUCAGCUCAAUAGACAAGGAUGGUGACGGUUUCAUUACAAGAAAGGAGCUCGGUACCCUGAUGCGUACCCUCGGUGAAAACCACACAGAAGCUUAUCUUCAGGCCAUGAUCAACGAAGCGGAUUUAGAUGGUGACGGAACUAUCGAUUUCCUUGAGUUCUUGAACGUAAUGGCUAGCAGCUUUGUGAAUCAAGGUCAGGGCCAAGUGCAGCCUCAGAUUAAAAGAGGCAGAACUGUUAGCAUCUUGAAGAAAGUAGGGACCGUGAUUGCCACCAGUGGCAUUUACGACAUCAUUAAAUUUGUGCUUUUUUGAAAUGGCACGUCAGUAACGUUAUGCCAUUAAUGUCUCUGUUGCUUUCUAUUCACUAUAUUUACUGUGUGUUACCGUCUUCAAUUGUACGCAACUUAUUAAAAAUGAUUUACAUCCAAACUUCGUAAAA